AUGAUCUCCGCGUCAUCCUCGACCUCGACAGCCACACAGACAGUGGCCGGUCCAAGUUCUGCUAGUAGCACUGCUAGCUCGAACGAAUCAGCUCCACUCUUGCAAAAAGCUGAUGGACGCCAGAGUAGUAGUGGAAGCGGGAGAAGGAGAAGGAAGCCGUUUUAUCGCGCGAGACCAUUAUGGCUUGUACCGUUUGCAGUAACCGCCGCGCUGGUGAGGGGCAUGACCCUCGCCCCACGCGUCGGGGUGCUCACUCAACUCGCGUGCACUCGUCUACACGGGCGUGGUGACUGGAAUCAUACCCAGCACGCGCCGUCUCCUUCAAACUCUCUACAGCUAUCAUCUUUAUCGGAUUCAUAUCCAGAUUUCGACUCUGGUGCACUAUCAAUAAGUGCCAGAACAACUUUGUUAGCCGCCCUUGACCCCGUUGGCCCGGUUAUCUACGCCUCCACCUUCUUUCCUGACCCUAUUUCCCUCAGUAAUGAUACGACCCUACGACCUCUCCAAGUCCCAACCCAACCACCGCCCACAAACUGUGCUGCGGACCCAGCGGUGCAGGCUGGUGCUGCACGACUGCAGACCCUCAUGAGCACAACGAUGGGGUUGCUUUCUGCACUGACAACGGGCUGGUGGGGACACUUUGGCGAGCGGCAUGGACGUACGCGAGUGCUCGCGAUAGCGACGUUUGGGCUAGUCAUAACUGAUCUGACCUUCAUCCUGCUUUCUAAAGACCUGGCCCACCCGUCUGUUACACCCGUCAUCCUGCUGCUCGCCCCUGCCGUCGAAGGUGCUCUGGGAGGCUGGUCGACGCUCCAAUCCGCAACCUCAGCCUAUCUGAGCGACUGCACCUCGCCGGGUUCACGAGCAGGCAUCUUCUCGCGCUUCACGGGUGUGCUCUACCUCGGGUUUGCUGUGGGGCCGUCCUUGGGCGGUUGGCUGCUACGGCAACCUUUCACCCUCUUUGGGUCCGCGAGCCAGGGCACGAACGUCACCUCGGUGUUUUACGUUGCUGCUUUAUGGAGUCUCGUGAACUUCCUGCUCGUGCUGCUGGUAUUUCCGGAGUCGUUGAGUCAGGAGCGGAGGGCGAGGGCGAUGUUGAUAUACACCAGGCAUGAUAGGAAGGGGAAGAACCGAACGUUGACGGUGUCGGAGGGUGCUGCGGGUCUGGAUGACGUCGACGUUGAGGUGGCUGGUGUGCGGCGAGUUGUAGUUGGAGAGGAGGACGAGCCCAUCACCCAGGGGCAGGAGCAGGAGCAAGAUCAGAGGGACGAGCGCAAAGGGCUGCUUAGCCAAUUCUUGGGCCCUCUCGCUGCCUUCCUACCGGUUCUCGUGCUCGACUCAUCUGGUCUCGGGAGGAAGAAGCGGGACUGGAGCCUGACGCUCCUCGCAGCUGCCCUUUUCGGGUUCAUGCUUUCGAUGGGUGUGUACCAGAUCAAGUACUUGUACGCGACGCACACAUUCGAUUGGGGCCCGGAGCAGCUGAGCUACUACAUCUCGUUCAUGGGGGGCGCUCGUGCGCUAUUUCUGCUGUUCAUCCUGCCCACUGUUAUCGGUUUCUUCAAGCCCCGACCGAUCUCUAAUCCAAUUGCCAACACCCAGAAGGGGUCAAAGAAUGUGAAUGUUCCAGCUACAGGCAAGGGAGUCAGCAUCAAGUCAAAGGGCAAGAAACCGAAACCUACGCGUGCGCAGCUCGGGCAGGAGAUUGCAUUCGACCUGACACUGACGCGGUGCUCGCUGAUGAUCGACAUUGCGUCACACACGCUUGUGGCUCUGCUGCCUGCACCAGGGUACAAGAGCCAUGUGUCGGUGGCGGGUCAUGGGCACGGCGGGCACGGAAUGAGCUUCGGACAGGCGGAGGCGGCGUUCGUCGUCGCGUCGUCGCUGAACAGCAUGGGUAGCGGUGCGGUGCCUGCUAUCCAGAGCCUGGCGCUGUGUGUGAUGCAGGUGCGGGCGAUGGACGAGAGGCGAGCUCGGGGCGAGGGAGAAGACUCGGAGACGGAGGGGAGCGUGAAGGAGGAGGGCACGGGGCCGCUAUUCGGGGCACUGGCGGUGCUGCAGGCGAUCGGGCAGAUGAUUCUGGGGCCGAUGCUGUUCGGGCUGGUGUACAGCGGGACGGUGGCGCGGUUCCCGAAGGCGAUCUUCGUGACUGCAGCGGCGAUCCUUAUGUGCGCGCUGCUGCUGCUGCUGGCGGUACGGAAUCCCGUCCGGCCGGUGUAUCCUGGCCGUCGGAAUGGCAAGGGCAAGAGGCGAGAGAGCAGGGAUGUCGAGCGCGGGCGUUCGAGGGUGAGCAAGGACCUCCGGGGUGGUGCUGUUGGGUAUGGGGCGACGAGCGAGGGCUCGUAG